AUGAACUGCAGUCUGCACUCUAUCCAGGCCCGGGCUUUCUCCCAGAACCCUCAUCUACGAUACAUAAACCUAUCCAAGAACCCUCUAACCACCUUGUCCUGGCAACUGUUCCAGAACCUGCAACUUUCCGAGCUGAGGCUGGACGGUGUGGUGUUUGACUGUGGUUGCGACGUGCGUUGGAUCCAGCUUUGGCAGCAGAGAGGAGAGGCGGGGCUUCACACCCAGAUGCUGUUCUGCAGAAACGGGGCCUUUAAGAUACGAUUGCAAAACAUGUACAUUACCUUAUGUGACGUACCAGAGAUCAGUGUAAGCCACAACAGUAGCCUGAUGAUGAUAGAGGGUGAUAAUGUAACGGUCAGCUGUAAUGGGUCAGGAGCUCCCCUCCCCGAAGUCGACUGGACCGUCGCUGGACUACACUCCAUCAACACACACCUGUCUAAUGUCUACUGGCCCAACAUCCAUUCUAUUAACCUGACGCUAGUCAACGUAAGUCGAGACGACAACGGCUUCCUGCUCACCUGCAUAGCAGAGAACCUAGUGGGAAUGACCAACGCUUCCAUCCAGCUGGCUGUACAGUUUCCACCAGUCAUCCUGAAACUGGCCGAGCCUGAGCGGCGCCAUGACACCUGCAUAGAGUUCACAGUGAGAGGCUAUCCCUACCCGACGCUGCGAUGGUACCACAAACAGAGAGAGAUCCUGCAGAGUGAGUACAUCAGGACAGAGAUGGAUUUCUACCGGGACUAUCUGGAGGGAUGUCUGACUUUUCUCAACCCAACACACUACGAUAACGGAAACUACACGCUGCAGGCCUCCAACUCGCUGGGGACCGUCACCAAGACGGUCUACGGACACUUCCUCACGGCUCCGCCCUUUGAACCUGACCCUGACGAAAGUGUGGACUACGGUAGCCCAGUGCCAUCAGACAAUGCCAUCAGGCCGGAAGAGGAGACGUUUGGGGUGUCGAUAGCAGUAGGUCUGGCUGGUGUCACCAGUGUUCUCCUCAUCGUCCUCUUCAUUCUCAUCAACAAAUAUGGCCGACACAACAAGUUUGGAUUGAAGGGGCCGGUGGCGGCGAUCAGUGGUGAGGAAGACUCUGCCAGUCCUCUUCAUCACGUCAACCAUGGCAUCAUCACACCCUGUACCCUCAACGGCGAGCCUGACGAGGUGGUUAUAGGAAUGACCCAUAUACCUGUUAUAGAGAAACCACAGUACUUCAGACAUGGACACGACUGCAACACACCCACCACCUACAUACAGCACAUUAAGCGCAGGGACAUCCUCCUGAAGAGGGAGCUGGGAGAGGGGGCUUUCGGGAAGGUCUUCCUGGCUGAGUGCUACAACCUGAUCCCCACCAAGGAUACCAUGCUGGUGGCUGUCAAGGUAAGGAGGGAUCCCCCAAACAGACACACUACUGUCUGUG